ACUGGGACUAUUUUCACUGGGUAUUAUUUUCCCGCCAGUCCUCCCCGUGCAAAUAUCUCUUCCGAUCCAGAAAUUAGGUUCGUAGUAGCCGAAGCGAUGGUAACCCGAGUAUUGGAAGUUCGGUGCGGUCCGGCUGUAUCCCAGCGGUCGUCUUCGAUUCGUCGAACAUCAGAAAGCGGAGCCGCGCGUGAGGCAUUAUGCCGAGUCGAUCCGUCACAGCGACCUCAAGCGACAAUCGUCGCAUGCGCGACGGCAGCGACAGACGCCUGCCAGCGUCGCACAAGCGUCGCACGGAGCCCUUCCGUGGACCAUCCGUGCGCGAAUGCCCGAGUGCAACGAUGCAAUCUUCCUCGAGGCCUCUCCAGUGGAUUGGGCUGCUACAAAAGCAGCCUGAAUGACACUGCUACGAGCCCAACGUCCUUGUUUGGGAGCGGUUACAAGACUCCUGGUUACACCGCUACCGGUUCGAGCAGUAGUGGCUGCAGAGAGCGGACGGGAGCGAGGGGAGCGAGCAGGGCGAGGAGAGGCGUGAUCACCGCAGCUGCUGCAUCUGGCCGGCCUUCAGCCGAUGGCGACUCUAACUUAAGAUCGCUCGUCCAAGCGACACUGGAUGUUAUAAAGCGUCGAUGGCAGAACGUGAGGAGGCGGGUGUUUGUGAAGGUGCUGGUACUGCUGGCGGGUUUCUUUUCAGCCAACGCCCUGUCCACCAUUGUGGGGCAGACCGGCGACUGGGACGUGCUGGUGGCCGGCUCCCUGGUGGCGUCUCUUGAGCUCCUUGGCGCCUGCCUCUACCGCCUGCGCCUGCGCGCUGCUGGGGCUGCUGCUGCUGAAGCAUCGAAACUAGCAGCCAAGAGCGCAGCAGCAGCAAAGAGUGCAGCAGCAGCAGGGGAAAGAGUGGGAGCAGGAGGGGGAGUAGCAGCAGGUGUGAGAGGGUCGGGUGGAGAUGUGAAGGCAGAUGGGGGGGCGGACAAGGGGGAGGGUGCGUUGGUGGAUGCCGUAGCGCUGGUGAACUUCUGGAAGGCAGGGAUCAUAUUGGGGCUCUUUGUGGAUGCAUUCAAGGUUGGCAGCUGAAAGUUUGGAGGGAUUGAUACCAUGUCAUCUUGUCCCAUGUUUUACCCAACAGGUUGCUAGAAAAGGAGAGGAGACCGAUAAGCCAAUUAUUUCUAUGUACGGUACAAGUGAUUGGCAAGGGAGCA